AGAGAGAGAGAGAGAGAGAGAGAUCCCUGUGGACUGUACAUAUUGCAUAAGGGAAGACAGCACCCACGGACUCAAUCCAGCCUGUAGGGUCAACUCAAUUUGUGUCUGCGUGGCUGUGACUAUAGAAUGUAGCUUUCUUUCCUCACUUUUAUUCCUGAAGAAAACAAGAUAAAAUGGGAGAAGUUCAAAAGGGCUUGUUCUCGGUCCUCCAGAAGCUGAAAGGCGCUCCAGAGCAGGAGUUGAGAAUAGUUCUCUUGGGCCUGGACAAUGCAGGGAAAACAACAUUACUGAAGAAACUGGCUUCAGAAGACGUUAGCACCAUUACACCAACACAGGGCUUCAACAUUAAAAGUGUGGCUUCUAAUGGUAUGAAACUGAACGUCUGGGAUAUUGGAGGUCAAAGGAAGAUUCGGCCUUUUUGGAAGAAAUAUUUAGAGAAUACAGACUUGUUGAUUUACGUCAUAGACAGCGCAGACAAGAAACGUUUUGAAGAAACAGGACAGGAGUUAUCCGAUCUUAUCGAAGAAGAUAAUCUGAAGGCAGUUCCAGUGCUUAUCUUUGCUAACAAGCAGGACCUGGUGACAGCAGCUCCGGCGAGUGAAAUCGCAGAGGGGCUGAACCUCCACACGUACAGAGACAGGGAGUGGCAAAUCCAGGCCUGUGCUGCCCUGUCAGGGGAGGGACUGCAGGAUGGAAUGAACUGGAUCUGCAACACCAUUGUGAAUAAGAAAAAGUAACCACAGCAUCACCCAAAACAAACAGUACUCUCCUCAUUCUUAACUGUGUUUAAAUACUAAAAAAAAAAAAAAAAGAAAA